AUGUCUCCCGCGUUCCCGGCGCCAGAGUUACAAUAUAUCCUUGACCACAGUGAAGCGGCGCUUCUCGUCUCCUCGCCCAGGUUCGCAUCCAAAGCAGCAGAGGUCUUGGCCACGGAUCUAACUACCAAGCCGGCUCAUCUUGAACUAAAGAAAAAUGAGGGUGGUGGCAAGGGUGAAAUCGUUCCGUUGGAGGGUUCCGAUCCAGCUGGUGCCGGGCUGAUGCUCUACACUUCAGGAACCACCAACAGACCUAAAGGCGUGCUCUUGCCGCAAUCAGCCCUGACCGCUCAGUCACGCUCCCUCAUAGAAGCAUGGAAAUACACCCCAGCAGACCACCUCCUCCACGUCCUCCCCCUCCACCACAUCCAUGGCACCGUCAACGCCGUCAUCACGCCUUUGUUCGCCGGCUCGUCCGUCGAAUUCAUGUUCCCCUUCAACGCCGACGCAGUAUGGAAACGUCUUGCGGCACCAUUCCUUUCCACAAACAGCACCAACGGCGCCGAUGGCACGACGAAACCUCCCAAACCAAAAGUCACCUUCUUCACCGUCGUUCCUACAGUCUACAGCCGCCUCCUCGCCAGCCACAAGCUCCUACCUCCUCCCCUCCAAGCCGCCGCUCGAGAAGCCAUCUCCCCCACAAACAUGCGCGUCAACAUUUCCGGCUCUGCCGCCCUCCCCACGCCCAUCAAGACUGCUUGGUCAGAUCUCAGCUACGGCAACGUCCUCCUCGAGCGCUACGGCAUGACGGAAGUAGGCAUGGCACUCAGUUGCGGCCUCUCCUUCACCGACCGCAUCGACGCCUCCGUCGGCUGGCCCCUCCCCUCGGUCCAAGCACGUCUCAUGGACGUGGACACGGGUGAAAUCAUUCCCCUCGGCGCCGAGGUCGAUUCCCAGGGCCGCGAACGCUCCGGUGAGAUCCAGCUUCGCGGGCCGACCGUGUUCAAGGAAUACUGGCGCAACCCCUCUGCCACGGCCAAGGAGUUCAUCCCCGACCCCGACGGCCGCGGCUCCUGGUUCAAAACAGGCGACGUCGCCUUUCGACGCUCCGUCCCCUCCGCCUCCCACAGCCAGCCGUGGACCAAGGGCCCGCUAUACUUCAUACAGGGCCGCCUUACGGCAGACAUCAUCAAGACUGGUGGCGAAAAGGUCUCUGCGCUGGAAGUAGAGCGCGAACUCCUCAGUCUGCCAGAGGUGUCAGAGGCUGCCGUCGUCGCAGUUCCCAGCGGAAACUGGGGCCAGAAGGUCGGCGCUGUGCUCAUUCUCAACACGGACGUGGUUCAGAAGUGGUCGCCCUUGGACAUGAGGCGCGCGCUGAAGAGCAGGUUAGCAAACUAUAAGAUUCCACAGGUCAUGAAGAUUGUGGAGCAUAUUCCGAGGAACGCCAUGGGCAAGAUUAAUAAGAAGCAGCUCGUGAAGGAGAUCUUUGCGGAUGAACACAGCGGUGACGAGUUGUAG